AUGCAUCAGAGCUGCCUGCUUUACGUUCGUAGUCGUUUGCGUCCACGAUCGAACCUAUUAAGGUUAUCAGGACAACUGUCCGUAAGAAAUAUACAACAGUUGUCGUCGCCCGAGUUGCGAUCGCGAUUCUUGAAGUAUUUUCAGGAUAAGAAUCACACGAUUGUCAAGAGUGCCAGUUUGAUACCGCAUAAUGAUAAAUCGCUCCUCUUUACCAAUGCUGGCAUGGUGCCAUUCAAAGACUACUUUCGCCAGCCUGACACAGCCCCCUUUGGAGCAGCAACCAGUGCUCAAAAGUGUAUGCGUGCAGGUGGCAAACACAACGAUCUCGACAAUGUCGGCUACACUCCUCGUCACCAUACAUUCUUUGAAAUGCUGGGCAAUUUCUCUUUUGGUCAAUAUGGAAAAGAAGAGGCAAUUCGAUAUGCCUGGCGAUUCUUAUUGGACGAACUCAAAUUACCUGUGGAUCGGCUACGAGUCACAAUUUUGGCCGGUGAUCAAGAGGGGUAUGAACUCUGGAAAAAGCAGGGUUUGACGGAUGACAUGAUUGUGCAAUGCGGUCCCGAAGAUAACUUUUGGUCCAUGGGCGAUGGUGAAGGCCCUUGCGGUCCGUGCACAGAGAUCUUUUGGGAUACAAGAGACGCUAGUCUAGGCGAAGAUCGAUGGCUGGAAAUUUGGAAUUUAGUGUUUAUGCAAAAUUAUCGGAAUGCCGAAGGUCAACUAUCCGAACUGCCAAAACCAUGCAUUGAUACGGGUAUGGGUUUGGAGCGCAUGGCGGCCGUACUUCAGGGCAAGAAGAAUAACUUUCAGAUUGACCAAUUCCGGGAUUUGAUUGCCGGUGUGCGAGAGUGUAUGGAUCGACGUGGGCUUGCGAGCUUGAAAACAGAGGAUCCUAGCGCGCAUGAAAAAAUUAUUGCCGAUCAUUUCCGUGCAAUGUGCUUCCUUAUCUGCGAUGGUGUAGUACCCAGUAACAUUGGUCGUGGUUAUGUCUUGCGAAGAAUCAUCCGCCGUGCCCUUCGAUCAGCACGUCAAUUGGGUAUCAAUGAACCAUUCUUGACGGAUUUAUAUCCAUCAUUGCUUCAGGGAUUUGUGGAUGGAUCUUAUCCCGAGUUAUCUGUGCGCGCUUCCUCUAUUUGCAACAUUAUCACGAAUGAAGAGAGUGCGUUCCUUGCUACGUUGGAUCGUGGUAUUGCACUGCUCGAUUCCGUUUUUGAACAACCCAAUUUGCAACAAUCCAAAACCAUCCCGGCGGAAAUUGCCUUUCAAUUAUAUGAUACCUAUGGGUUCCCGUUCGAUUUGACUCUAAUUAUUGCCAAGGAGAGAGGAUGGAACGUUGACCUAAAAGAAUGGCGAAACCGGAACAUUCUUCCUCAAUUCACGGGCUAUGACCAUGCCUUACUGCAUCAAGAAUCAGAAGUUAUUGCUAUGGAUAUAGUAAAGAAGGGCAAAAAGCUGGAAGUGAAUGUAGCCAUUGAUCCUUGUCCCUUCUAUGGUCUUGGCGGCGGUCAAGUGCCUGAUCAGGGCAAUAUUACGCUUGCCAACGGUAGUCAGUGGAAUGUGACUGACGUUGUCCAACCAUACGAAGGUUGCCUUGCCCUUCGUCUGACUCCUCAGACAGCAGAAGGCGAAACCAUCCAAGAACGAUUACAAAAAGAUGAAGCCUAUUUUCAGGUGGGUAAGAUUGUCAAGACCGAAGUGGAUUUAGCUCGACGACAGGGCGCCGAAGUCCAUCAUACAGCUACACAUAUUCUCAAUGCGGGACUGCGGGCAGUUCUAAACACAGACAUCGUACAAGCAGGUUCUACUGUGGAGCCUUCCAAGUUACGGUUCGAUUUUACGUAUGGAAAGCCGAUCAAAGCAGAACAGCUUUUGGAACUGGAGGAUUGGGUAAACAAAGUUGCAUUAACGGGUGUCUAUACUUCGAUCAAGCACAUGAAAUUAUUGGAAGCCACAUCUGCAGGAGCAAUUGCUGCGUUUUCGGAAAAAUACGGCGACGUUGUUCGCGUUAUUGAUGUUCCUGGUGUUGGUAAAGAAUUGUGUGGUGGCACCCAUGUGGACAAUGUCCGCAAAUUGUACCCAUUCAAGAUCUUGAGCGAAACCUCGGUGGCGGCAGGUACACGACGUAUCGAAGCUGUGGCAGGUCUCUCAAGUAUUCAAUGGUAUCAAAAGACCUUUGCUCCUAUUCCCAAUGUCUUGAAAAUGCUAAGGGCGAAUUCUACGGAUGAGAUGGUGGGCAAGUUGGAAAAGAUCCAGCAGCAAACCAGAGAUCUCCAGAAGCGGCUCGACUUUAUGACCGAGAAGCUGGCGUCUGCCGGUGAGGCCAUUCAGCAUCCGAUUGAUGCUGCUUUGCAAGGUGUGAAUGUGCGGCUUCACUUAGUUGACCCCGAACUGGAUGCCAAUUUUAUGCAAAAACGAGCCAACGUGCUCAAAGAAAGUCAAUCCACGGCAGCCCAUAUUCUGCUGAAUGGCAAUACAAUUGUUGUCUCUGUCCCUGCUAAACUGACAAGUCAAAUUACUGCCAACUCGAUUUUGAAACAUGUGUUGAAGCAUGUUAAAGGUGGUGGCGGUGGCCAAAAGGAAUAUGCCCAAGGACGGUUAGCGAAACCAAUUCUUUCCGUCGAUGAUAUCGAAGCAAAUCUCGUACCUGCAUUAGAGAAGGCAUAG